AAUAGAGCCUGACAUGCCUGACAUGCCUCGAACAUUAAAGAAGCAGAAAAGGAAAGAAAUCGCGAGGAAAUCGUGGAGGACGCGGUUGAGAGAGGAAACCGUUCGUUUUACACACAGCAGAGAUAUUAUUGUUGACUCUUCAUAAAAAGUUCUCGAGCGAAAUGGCCGUGUCUCUGCAAACACGCGUUUUCUACGGCCUGAAAACGGACAUCGCCGGUAACGCGCAUUAUGUCACGGAUGCAGAAAUUUUAUAUCCGGUUGGCAAUGCACUGGCGAUUCAUAAUGUUCUUCAGCAUCAGCAGAAAUUGAUUCGAUUACCCGACAAGUAUCACGCAAACGUCAUUUGCAUCUCGCCUAACAAGAAAUAUGUUGCCUUAUCCGAAGUAGGGGACAAGCCUGUCAUAUCCGUUUACGACAUCAGUUCUUUGAAGCGUAAAAAGCUACUUGGAAUACCUUACGACGCUCCGGGAGUGACCAAGUUUACGUGUCUAGGUUUUACUUUCGACAGUAAGAAUCUAGUGGCGAUCACCGGCGAGCCCGAUCAGACGAUGCUCUUCUACAACUGGGAAAGGGGCAAAGUCGAGUCGACGUACAAGCUGACCAAUUCACAAAACCCUUUGGCGAUCGCCAACGUGUUGGCCUGCAAUCCAACGGACGCGACGGUGGUGGCGAUCGGCGGGCCUUACACCUUCAAAUUUCUCACCGUUUCCGAGACGGUGUGGCGCCCGUACGGUUUCGCCAAGGCGGAGAAUCUCCUCGUCUGCUCGAUGGCCUGGUUGGACGGCGACAGACUGCUGGUCGGCACCGAGGACGGUCGCGUGCUCUAUCUGGAGAACGGCGAUCUCAAGAACAUGUACAGAAUGUCCGACACGGUGUCGAUGAAUCUCAAGAUUCGCGAGGAGUACGUUAUGCCCACCGCCACCAGCUCGCAGAUAACGCUGGAGGCCGGUGACGAUGUUACCUGGCAGCAGAACGUGGACUGCUUGAUCGCUUUCCCACGUGGAUUCGCCUACGCGCAUGGCGCGGGGACGGUGGUGCUCUACGAGAAGGAGGGCAAGCACAAGUACACGAAGAGAAACGUCUACGUGAUUCCGCAGCGAGUGGUGAGGGACGACGAUCCGGAUCUCUACAGGAUCAACACGAUCAACGUGAAUCCCAGCUUCGACCGGCUGAUCAUCGCCGCCGGCUGGUCCCAGCUGUAUUACGCGACGCUGUGGGGCCCGGACCUGCAGAUGGACCCGGAACCGCAGAAACUGAAGAUCAUGGGUCAGCCGUUGCAUCACGGCCCUAUCAGCGGUCUCGCCACGUGCGCGUGGAAGCCAGUCUUCAUGACGUGCGGCGAGCUCGAUCGUAGCGUCCGACUGUGGGACUUCGAGACCGAGAGCCUCAUCAUGCUGAAGCAAUAUGACGAGGAUAUAUCCACCAUCGCGUUACAUCCGAUGGGGCUGUUCUGCCUGAUCGGCUUCACCGACAAACUGCGCUUCAUGAGCAUCCUGAUCGACGACUUGCUACCGAUGCACGAGAUCGCCAUCAGGAAUUGCAAGACGGUUCGCUUCAGUUCCAACGGUCAUCUGUUUGCCGCGGUCAACGGCAACGUCGUGCAGGUGUACACCACCAUCGGCUUCUACAAUCCCUUCGUCCUCAAGGGGCACACAGGCAAGGUGAAGGCCCUUCUCUGGUCGCAGACGGAUCUGAAAAUGCUGAGCAUGGGCGCGGAAGGUGCUAUAUAUGAAUGGGACAUGAACACUGGCACGCGAUCCGGCGAAUUCAUAUGGAAAGGCAUCGCUCUCCGUGACAUUGCGCUUUCCUCAGACACAUCAUUCACCUACUGCAUCGCUCACGACGAUCAUAUACGCGAAAUCAAGGAGAAUGUGAUUAUACGAGAGUUUCGAUUGCCCGGCAGAACAAUGCAGCAAAUGAUCAUGGGGAAAGAUGACUUGACGCUGUUCAUAACUUCUCCUGGUGGUGUCAUCAUCUCGUUGAAAAGCCCACUUCAAUCUCCGAUAGAGUCAACGGACUUCCAUAUACACUGCGUUGAUAUUACGCAGAUAGCGCUCUCUUACAACGAAAAUUGCCUAAUUUCGGUUGCGAAGGACGGUAGUUUGUGCAUUUGGAAGCUGUACUCUCCCGAGGGGAAAAUUAUGAAGAUGGGCCGAGAUCUGCCGUACACGAACGAAGUAUUAAUCGGUAAAGGUGAUUUGGAGGAGAAGAUACACAGCAUCAAGAAUUUGACGGUGAGACUGAGAGAACUGGAAACCGAACACGCGUACAAACUACGGCAGAUCGACGUUCAGCACAACGAUAAAUUACGCGAUGUGCACCAAGGCUAUUGCGAGGCCAUCAGGGAACUUCGGGAUAAGAUCGAGAACCUUCAGGAGGACCAUGUAAGCGAGAUCAACGACAUGAACGUGGAAAUCGUGAAGAUGAAGGCGACUCACGAGGAGGCGAUGCAGCAAAUGGAAAAUGAUUACGAGGCCAAGCUGAUUACGGAAUACGACAAGUAUCAGGCGUUCGAGGAACGCACGAAUGCCAUGCGAGAGAAUUACGAGAUGCAAUUAAAAAAUCUCGCGAAACGUGACGCGGAAGAGCUACAGAGGACAGUGACGAAAUACGAGGCUUUGCUUCACGAGAAGAAAGUGCAGUUGGAGGAAGCGUCCGACGAGAUGACGCACAAGGAGCGCGUUCACGAGCGUCUGAUGGCGCAGAUAGAGGACGACGCGGAUCGUGAGAUUCUCGAGAUACGUACGAGGUACGAGAACGUUCUGCACGCAGAGAGGCAGAUCAAUUUGAAGCUGAAAGGAGAGGCCGGGGUGAUGCGAAACAAAUUCAUGGCUAGCCAGAGGGACGUGGACGAUCUGAAGAGGCAGGUGCAUCGGGUGCAAAGCGAAUACGCGCAGUUCCACAAAAAUAUACAGGACCUCGAGAAGCAGAUUGCGGAUCUGAAGAAGGAGAUCGCCGAGAGGGACACUACUAUUGAAAGCAAAGAGCAACAGAUAUACGAUAUGAAGCGAACGAAUCAGGAAUUGGAGAAGUUCAAGUUCGUGCUGAAUUACAAGAUUGAGGAAUUGAAGAGUCAGAUAGAGCCGAGGGAUCGGGAGAUACAGGAGCUGAAGGAUAAGAUUCGGAGCAUGGAGGAGGAGCUCAUGAGUCUUCACAAGACCAACGAAAACCUGAAGCUGCAACUGAACGAAGAGCGAGAGAAAUUGCACGUUGCGCGUCAAGAGAUCGAUCGCGAGGUGCAAAAGAACAAGCGGUGUCAGCAGCUGCUGCGAAAAAUUCGCGUCGACAUUGUCGACGCUUCGGAACUUGUCCACGAACCGAACGCUCUGAAAACGGCGGUGACGAAUUUAUAUCACAAGUACAGCGCGGACGAUGAAUUUCUACGUAGUCGCAAAGCGGACGUCGAUGCGCAGUGCGAGUUCAUCAGGCAGAGGGAUCAUAUGGAGAGGACUAUCGCGUCUCUAAAGAAGCAGAUGCGCCAGGACACGUCUGUCGGUGAUAAGGAUUUGAAGAUGACGGAGGAGAACAGCAUGCUUAUUGUGGAAUUGAAUGCAUUGAGGGAAGAGUUGAAGGAAGCUCGAGAACGCAUUCUGCAUAUGGAGAGCCUGCUGGGUUUAACGCAAAAAGACGUACAGCCCGCGGAAGCGAGAAAAAUUUUAGAACAAGCGUAUCGCGGAUACCAGGAGUUGCAGGAGAAAUAUACGAAGCAAAUACAGGAACAUCAGCAAAUUAUUUUAGCAUUAAAGGAAGAUAUCAAGCUGUUAUUGAGCAAAGUUCCUUGCGAAGAGACGGAAGGAGAAAAGACAUUGUCUUGAGUAAAUUUUGUGACAUUUAAUUGUUUUCUCACGGAUUUAAGUAUUGUAAAGUUUUAACGACAAAUUAAUGUUUCAGCAUAUUUUUUACAUAUAGUAAAAAUAAUUUUGUACGUACAUAUACAUAUUCCUUCUAUAUUGUAAUUAUAAUAAUA